AUGUCCAAGAUCCCCACCGUCGACGGCAUUCCCAUCCCCAACAUCAACCUCAUCGGCACACCGGCCCAGACACCCCAACCGACCGAGGAGGACAAAAAACCGUUAGAAACCGCCAAAGAUGCCGUUGGAUCGCCCCCGUCCCGCACCUGGCUCAAAAUAUCGGCUAAUUGGUGGAGGUCGCUGCAGUACAUUGGCAUGUCACUGCACUUCCUGGCCAACCCGAAGCCUCCAAGCCCGGCCUUUACACAUACCAUUCCCUCUACCAUCUCCGACAAGAAGGGCAACUUGACCCUUCAUUUUUACACCCCUGAAGGGUAUGACAAGCGAAAAAAGACCAACCAGCUCUUCCCCGCCGUUAUCAAUUUCCACGGCGGAGGCUUCACCAUCGGCGCCCCCACCGACGACGCCCGCUUCGCCCGCUUUGUCCUCGAAGAAUGCAAGGCUGUCUAUGUAUCAGUCGAGUAUCGUCUCAGCCCAGAGUACCCCUUCCCGGUAGCAGUCCAAGACGGCGCCGACGCCCUUCUCUACCUCAUCCGUCACGGCCCAGAGCUAUACAUUGACCCUCACAAGCUCGCCACAUCUGGCUUCUCGGCCGGUGGAAACAUCGCCAUAACAUCUACCAUUUGCUUGUCUGAGCACCUCAAGACUCUGUCCGCGCCAGUCCCGCCGCAUAACAUCCGCGCCAUCGCGACCUGGUACCCCAUCUGCGAUUACACCGAGUCCCGCGAGGUCAAGCGCGCGAGAUGUGUGCGGCCGGACCAAACCCUUCCUGCGAACCUCACGUCGCUGUUUGACGCCUCGUAUCUCUACCCUUCUGGAGUUAGCCUCGCCAGUCCGAUAUUAUCGCCUACCAAGGCUUCCGACACACUGUUGAAGGAGGCGAUUCCCGAAACGGUUAUUUUCUACACGUGCGAGUGGGAUAUGCUCCAGUAUGAAGGGGAGGAAUUGGCCAAGAGACUGGGGAGAGCGCCGAUAAACAAGACGGUCAAGCACAAGAUGAUCCCUGGGGUGCCGCAUGCGUGGGAUAAAUCGCCUGACCCGACCAAGCCGGCGGCGGGCUCGGAGGAAUUGUACAAGGAGUGCUGUGUGUAUCUGAAGGAGGUGUUCAAGGGGAACUGA